ACAUACACGGACACAGAACUGCGAUGGAAACAUAUUACCUGGGAAAGAAGAUAGCAAACUUUAAAGAAGUGGUGGUAACUAGUGUCAGCCGUGGUAGUCCUUUAGUCCGAUUCUCAGACAACACUGUUGAAGAGAUGAGAUUAUCAGCCAUGAUUGUCUACAGUAUCGCACCAAGCGCCGAAGGUGUUAGAGUCACACACGACGUGAUUUUGUUUAUUCCAAACGAUGCCAGCUCUGAACAACUAUAUAUGGACGAUUUCAAAUCCAUUAAGGAAGCUGUUUACGAACUUGUUAACUGCACAGGAGAUUGUCCUUACAGUGUCAUAUCUCCGCCCAAAGUGAACACAACAGAAACAGAUUUGAGAUCUUUAUGCGAAAGGCUUUUGGACAAUCCAGACAUUGCUGAAUUCUACGAACCUGUGUCUGUUGAAGGAAAGAUCAUUUGUGUGACUGCAUGUAAUAGUCAACAUUCACAUCAUAAAAAAUGCUACAAUAAGGGAAUCUGCAACGUAUUCAGCAGCACUGGACCUUAUUGCGAGUGUCAAAAUGUGAAUUCCACUUGGUACUUGAAUGAUGACUGUAGCUUACCUAUACAGAGGACUGCUUUCUACGCAGGGUUAAGUGUGACCCUUGUAUGUCUGUUGGUGACUGUGGGAGCCUUGACUGCAUACGUACUGAUCAACAAAAACAAGCAAAAACAGAAAAGAGACAUAAAAGAAAAGCUUGUGAAUCAGUGGCUGAAUGAGGACUUUGAGUGGUCCAGAUCCAACAGUCUGACAGGCACUGGAAACAAAAACCCUUCAUUCACACAUGAAGAAACAGCCACCCACAGAGAGGAGGCAGGUGAUUACAGAGGUCCUGUACCAUCUUUAUAUCCUGACAACAGACAGUCAAGCCCAUCAGUGAGCAUGUACUCCGCAUCACAAACAGCACACAGACACAAUAUGCCAUCUUCUAGUGCUGGAUACACACAGUCUGCCAGUCCAGCCCUUCCCCACGGAGACCUCUCAUCCACACAGCCGAUGACAAUCAGCAGGCCUCAGAUCAGGACAUCCUUCGAUGCCUGAGCAGUGCAUUGAAAAAGUCUCAACUGUUUCUUCAAACUGAAGACUACUGCUCUUUAUUAUUUUUAUUAAUACCUGCUGCAUUUUAGAUGUUUAUAAUAUUGCUUGAUUCAUUUAUGUCUUAAACUGACACUAAGCCAAAGUGUUAAUAUACUGUAUAUACAGUAUUAAUGAUUAUAUUGCCCCUGUCAUCAAUGCUACCUUUAUACAGCAUCUAAUCUUGAGUUUUGUUAACACUGGAUAAGAGAGGUGUCAAAGUGGCUGAUCAUUUAGUAUUCAUUAUUUAUAUGAUAAAAGGGCAAGAGAACAAAGGUGAUGAGCACCAAAUACAUAUACUGCACACCCAUAUAAGACCAGUGAAAGAACGCUGAAGACAGAAGAAACAUGUCACAUAUAGUGUAUACUGUCAGUGUGGAGCAACUGAGGGUCCAUCACUGCACUGAGGCCCUGACAUGGUUCAGAAAUGGGGACACUGAUGGAUUAACCUAUAAAACUAGAUUGGCACUCUAAAAGUGCAGGUUUCCGCCAAGGCCAAUGGUCCAGUCUUCUUUAAUAUGCAAAUCUGCAAGCGCAACCACUGUAUAUUUCUGGACAUAUUUCCAAAACUAUCACAUCAAAAUCAAAAUGUGUAAUAGCUACAUGGUCCACAGCACAAAAUAUUUUAGUUUCAUAAUAACAGCUUUAAAUUGUGAGAUGUCUUAACUUUUUUGUCCUAGUCUUUUUUGUCUUUUCUACAUCUUCUACUUUUAUUCUCAGUGUAAUAUGUAAUAUUUUAUGGUAGUUUCUGCAUUAAAUUGUGUUUUCUAGAGAGAAAUGUGUUGUAGUUUGUUGGCCUAGUUAUUACGAAGAUUCUUUCAGCUCUGGCCAGGAACAUUUUGCAUUGCAAUGCUUUUGGUUCUAUUGUGGUUGCUAUGGACUCCGUGGUUGCUGUGGCUGAAACCACAUAGUUUGCAAAGAAUCAUUGAGUUAUGUAGUUGUCUGAGCUGUAAUGUUAUUUGUGUUAACUGUUUAAUAAUGUUCUUUCAAUUAAAAACGUAG